AGGGUCCUCGCAGCUGACUCCGGACGCCUCUUCGCCAGGGUCCUCGCAGCUGACUCAAGGAGUUUCUCAAGGGUUUUUGCAGCUGACUUCGGAUGCCUCUCCAGGGUCCUCGCAGCUGACUCCCAAAGCCUCUUCGCCAGGGUCUACGCAGCUGACUCCCGAAGCCUCUUCACCAGGCUCCACGCAGCUGACUCCCGAAGCCUCUUCGCCAGGCUCCACGCAGCUGACUCCCGAAGCCUCUUCGCCAGGCUCCACGCAGCUGACUCCCGAAGCCUCUUCGCCAGGCUCCACGCAGCUGACUGACUGGGAUUUCAGUCCUCUUGUUGGCACCCCCUGACGGUGCUUCUGUUUCCUCAUUAGCGCUCCCUAGUGGCGCUCCUGUUCCCGAGUUGGCGCUACCUGACGGCGCUUCUGUUCCUGAGUUGAAGCCCCCUGAUGGCGCUUCUGUUCCUGAGUUGGUGCCCCCAGAUGGCGCUUCUGUUCCUGAGUUGGCGUCCCCCGAUGGCGCUUCUGUUCCUGAGUUGGCGCCCCCCGAGGGAGCUUCUGCUCAUCCAUCGGCAGCCCACGUUGCAGCGACUUUUGUCAUGCCUGCCUCAAGACUUUCUUAAGGACUUCAAAUUUCCCCCUCAGGGACCAGGACCUCCUUUGUUUUGUUUUGAGUUUUUUGGGCACGCCAGGAGUCGUGCCUUCGGGGGGGGAGUACCAUCACGUUUACAGCCCCUCUGUGCUCUGGAGCUCCUGUGUGCCACGCCCUCCUCUCUGUGUGCACACUGUCUCCUGCCACACCCUCUCUCAUGAUUGGUUCAUUCGAACUAAUUGGCUCCAGCUGCCCUCCAUUUAAGAGGUGCACUGGAGCACAGACAGUUGGAGACUAUUUUUUGUAACUCUGCUCGUUUGCUCUUUGUAACUCUCUGUCCUGGUAACUCUGUUUGAUUCCGGUAACUCUAUUUUGCCUUGCUCCUUGCUCCUGUUUAGUCUGUUCAUGCCUUGUUUAGUCUGUUUAGUUCUUGUUUAGCUCUGUUCUCUCCUUGUUUCAUCUGUUUAGUGUUAUUUGCCUGUUUAGCUUUGUUUGACCUGUUUAGUUUAGUCCCUGUUUAGUUUAGUCCCUGUUUAGCCCCUGUCUGUUAGCCUAGUCCUUGUUUGUUAGCCUGAGUGUAUUAGCAUUUAGUUUAGCAUAGGUUCUUGUCUGUAUCUGUGUCUUGUGUAUUGUUCUGUUUUGUCUUUUAUUAUUAUUAAAUAUCUUUGUUUCAUA